CCAGCUCAGCCAGUCUUUUGCUCACUCACUCACUCCACCACUCCUGCUUCGCUGUCGGCUCCCCCCAGCUGAACAGUGUUCGCCCACCGCAGCAUAACACCGGCUGUUUUUGCCCUCCUGCUCCUAAAGCCAGCCUCUCAUCAUGACCUCCUCCUUCUGCGACUCUACUGAGAUUCGCUAAAUGGGCCUGGCGGCUGGCCUGAGGUUUCUAUUAUUGUUUUAAUGAGGACAGCCGUCCGGAUCUGAGCGGUUCUGGCGGUGCGUCUCUGAAUCUGAAGACGCGUUAAAGGUCUGCACAUGGGGGCGGGCAAGAGCAAGCCCAAGGAGCCGGGCCAGCGCUCCAUGAGCCUGGAUGGUACUAUAGGCACAGGCUCAGACAGCGGACACUUCCACCACCUGGGCCCCACUCAGCAGACCCAGACCCCCAAUAGAAGCCCCGCCGUCGGCACAGGAAGGCGGGGGUACCAGGGGCAGCAUCAGCAUGCCCCAACAAAUACCCCGGAACUAGCUCUCUUCGGAGGUGUGGACCACACAGGAACUGUUACAUCUCCUCAGAGAGGACCUCUGUCAGGAGGCGUCACUACAUUUGUGGCGCUGUACGACUACGAGUCGCGGACGGUGAGUGACCUGACCUUCAGGAAGGGCGACCGGCUGCAGAUUGUGAACAACACGAAAAAGUACAGCUUCAGAGAAGGGGACUGGUGGCUCGCCCGGUCGCUCACCACAGGAGAGAGUGGCUACAUCCCCAGCAACUAUGUGGCUCCAUCCGACUCCAUCCAAGCUGAAGAGUGGUAUUUUGGGAAAAUCACUCGACGUGAUUCUGAGAGGCUCCUUCUGAACCCGCAGAACCGACGAGGAACCUUCCUGGUGAGGGAGAGCGAGACGACUAAAGGGGCGUACUGCCUGUCAGUGCUGGAUUAUGACAACACCAAAGGCCUCAAUGUUAAACAUUACAAGAUCAGGAAGCUGGAUAGUGGCGGGUUCUACAUCACCUCGCGCACCCAAUUCACCAGCUUGCAGCAACUAGUCUUCCACUACCGCAAGCACUCGGAUGGGUUGUGUCAUGCUCUGACGGAUGUGUGUCCAGUGGCCAAGCCUCAGACGCAGGGUUUGGCCAGGGAUGCCUGGGAGAUUCCACGAGAGUCCCUUCGCUUGGAUGUUAAACUGGGGCAGGGCUGCUUUGGAGAAGUCUGGAUGGGUACAUGGAACGGUACAACGCGGGUAGCCAUUAAGACCUUGAAGCCGGGCACGAUGUCUCCAGAGGCCUUUCUGCAGGAAGCACAGGUCAUGAAGAAGCUGAGGCAUGAGAAGCUGGUCCAGCUGUACGCUGUAGUAUCUGAGGAGCCCAUCUACAUUGUGACGGAGUAUAUGAGUCAAGGUAGCUUACUAGACUUCCUUAAAGGAGAUGCUGGAAAGAUGCUUCGUCUGCCACAGCUGGUGGACAUGGCUGCUCAGAUUGCAGCAGGAAUGGCUUACGUAGAGAGGAUGAACUACGUCCACAGAGACCUGCGUGCUGCCAACAUCCUGGUAGGAGACAAUCUGGUGUGUAAGGUGGCCGACUUUGGUCUCGCUAGACUGAUUGAAGACAACGAGUACACGGCAAGGCAGGGUGCCAAAUUUCCAAUCAAGUGGACCGCACCAGAGGCUGCGCUGUACGGCCGUUUCACUAUCAAGUCAGACGUCUGGUCCUUUGGGGUUCUACUAACAGAGCUUGCAACCAAAGGCAGAGUUCCCUACCCAGGUAUGGUUAACAGAGAGGUGCUGGAUCAGGUGGAGCGCGGCUACAGGAUGCCUUGUCCAGCAGAGUGUCCCACUUCACUGCAUGACCUUAUGCUUUCCUGCUGGAGGAAGGAUCCAGAGGAGAGGCCUACAUUUGAGUACCUGCAGGGCUUCCUAGAGGACUACUUCACCUCAACAGAACCCCAGUAUCAGCCUGGGGAGAACCUAUAGAACCACGUACUGUACAGAGCCUGAGCGGGGAGUGUUGCCUCAGCACUGAAUGAUCUGCACUAACCGACCUCAGAGGAGGAUCUGAGCCUCUGAAACUAAUCUGUGAGGAACUUCUUCAGUGGAAACCCAACCGAGACCAAAAGCUGCAGAAGUCCCUCUGUGUUCCACACAGGAACUGUUCCAGAACGACAUGAAAUAAUCUAAGUUCUGGAAUCAGUCACAGCUGACCCAAGUUCUCCUCCAAUCCGAGCUGUGGCUGGUUAUUCUGACUCAGACUGAGACCUGCAGGUAAACUGUAUGUGAGGUGCAGUGGAUGUGGGAGGAACCAAAUCAGGACGUACGGAUGGAGUGAGAGUUUAGAGAACAAACAUCAGGGUGUGAAGGAAAAAGGGAAAGGAAUAGAUGUGUUCGGAGUAAACUAGUUCCCUCCUCUCUUGCUUCUCUGUACCAUCAUCCAGUCCCUUCUCCACCACACAAAGUGCUGCUGCUGCGGCUCAGCUGCCAAACUUAAGUCCUUCUCUAUAUCUUCUCUGGCGCACUUUUGCUUUUUCUCUCCAACUUUCAGUAUCUCUUCAGUAUUCUUAAGUGCUGCUUCUUUAACGUGUCUCAAUUCUGAAACUCCACUCUGCAUCUUUUUCUUUCAGUUUAUUCCGACAGCCUUUUGCGUUGAAAGGUAUAUGUGUGUGCGCUUAAUGGAAGACAAACUUUCUGCUUUUUGCUUUAUUUAUAUAUUUUUUUCACUAGACAAAUUUGGUACACUCCCAAUCAAGCAGAGCCAGGAGAAGCAGGCAGGGUUUGUGAUGCUGAAAUGAGUUCAUUUGAAGCCCUUUUCUCCUGUUUAACGUGUUUAAUCCAAACCUCCAUUAAAACGACUCUGAUGCAGGUUCUGUCUGAUUUGUUUUUGUUUUGUUAGACCUUAGUUGAAAGCAAUCAGCUCUGUCACAGGCACAUAAA